CCCUGGAACCAUCAUGGACCCACAUUUAGGACCCGAUCCCGUUGGAGAUCCCCAUUCCCAUGCCCUGGAACCCCUCCCGGGCACUUCCUGGCUGCUGGAGGAAGGUUCCGGGAUGGGGUGCGGGCGGAGGAGCCGCUUCCUGCUCCAGCCCCACAUAAAAGGCCCCAGACGAGCGGUGCCAGGAGCAGACGCGGCCGCAUCCGCCCGGGAGGAGCCGCUCCCGCCCCGCUCCCGGUGCUCCGGCAUGAAGAUCCUGCUCCUGAUUCUCCUGGCACUGGAAGCCACAGCCUCAAGGAACGUCCUAUGGGUGAUCGAGGGCACCUCCUGUGACCUGCCCUGGCAAGCUGCCCUCUUCAAAGGAGACCGCUUCAUCUGCGGUGGGACACUGGUGGACAGGAGCUGGGUGCUGACGGCCGCCCAUUGCCACGUCCCGGGCUUCAUCAACGUGCGGUUGGGUGGCCGGAGGCACAAGGACUCGAGUGGCCCCGAGCAGAGGAGACACUCGGCCAUGGUCUUCAAGUACCCGUGGUACAACGAGAGCAACAAGGACGGGGACCUGAUGCUCAUCAAGUUCCACCUCCCCAUCCACAUCAACAAGCAGGUGAAGCCCUUGCCAUUGGCCACCCAUUGUCCAGUGCCCGGCAAGACCUGUCAGAUCUCAGGAUGGGGGUCCACCACCAGCCCAGAAGUCACCUUCCCUGAGGACCUCCAUUGCACCAAGGUGACCAUCAUCCCACAGGACCAAUGCCGGCGCAUCUACCCUGACUCCAUCACCAACAACAUGGUUUGCGCUGGUGAAUCCCGGAGCCGGGCCGACUCCUGCCAGGGUGACUCCGGGGGACCUCUCAUGUGCGAUGGACGCCUCCAAGGGAUCGUCUCUUGGGGUCCUGGUGUAUGCGGAGACCCCAAGAAACCCGGAGUCUACGUCAACCUCUGCAAGUACACGCGGUGGCUUCAGGAGACCAUGAGAAGGAAGUGAGAGCUCCCAGCCCAGCCCCACCCUGGCCAUGGGAUGGAGCCACCCCAGAGCUUCUCUUCCUGGUCCUCUUCCAUGAGGAAGGUCCCCAGAGCCGGCCGGUCCGAGCGCUGGGUGAGGAGCAGGCAGGGCUCGACCACAAGGACCCUGUGGAGAUGUUGCUGGAUGAAUAAAGAGCUGUUGGACGUGGCUUUGCA